GGAUUCUUAAAAGGCAGGGACCGCGGUCUGCGUGCGCUUCUUUUGAAGACAGAUUCUUUGGUUUCCAACUCAAACUCUCUCCCUCCCCCUUCCCUCGCUUCACUCUGUACACUUUCAAGGCUGGUUCCUUAAAGCGCAAACUACAUCCCCUUCCUAAACAUAUACAUUUCAUCGCAUUUCCAUUCCUCCUCCCCCCUUUACCCACUUCGAUAUGAUGUUGAGCAUUACCCGCCUUGUUGCCCUUACCCUCGCAGCUGUUGCCUGCUCCCUGGUGCGCGCAGCCCCCAUCAGCCAGCCAGCCUACUCGACGCUCCCCAUGAGGUCGUUUGAGCCGGUGACGACCACGUAUCACUCGGACUGGAUCUACGAUUCCACCACGCCGGUGCCAUCGGACACGACCAACUACGACACGGUGUCGAUUCCGCUGAGCAACUUUGAGACGCCGCCGGCCGGGUACACCACAUAUCCCGUGAGCUCAGCGACUCCGACGGCCUCUUCCUCGGUCGUGCCUUCGGACACGACCAACUACGACACGGUUUCGAUUCCACUGAGCAACUUUGAGACGCCGCCAGCCGGGUAUACCACGUAUCCGGUGAGCUCCUCUGCGGUUGCGUCCGAGGCUACAACCAACUACGGCACGGCUGUCCCCACUGCUACCUCCGCUCCGGUGGACCGUUGCCCGGCAAACUAGAGCAGCCUGCGUUCCUAGAUGCUGUUUUUGUUUUGAA